AUGGAUCAGAAUGUGGAAAUGGCGGCAACAUCCUUCCGGGUGACGGUGUCGGAGGCGGAGCCUUACAGCUUCCAGACCUUUGCCGCACAGCAGACACAGGACUCCGUACGCAUUACGCACAUCACCUUUACCCCUCCAAGCCCCGACGAACUGGAGGCUUACGUCCAGCAUAAACGUAAACUUGUCUCUGCCGCGUCAACAGGCAAGAAACACACCGCGAUUUGUCCCGCAACUUUUGCGCGUCUUCGAACGCUGUGUGCAACGCGCAAAGUGGAAAGCCACACCAUUACGUGCUUUCCGUGGAGUCAGCUGGAUGGAACAGCGACGACAAAGGGGGGGACGCAUGAAAAUGAUAACAGGAACAAGAGUAAGGGGAAUAAGAAGAAGAUGGGUGUCGCAGCUUCGUCUCAAUCAACCGCUGCUGCGGCUGAUCCCGUGGAGCAGGUUCAGCUGGGCGGCUUGUUUGAUGUGGUCCUACCGCGGCACACAGAUAUCUGCAGCAACGUUGACCUUCGCUUUGACGUGGACGGCUCUGUCUGGCUGGAGGUUGUUGGCCCUGGCAGUGUGACUUUUUUUGGGGAGCACAACUCGUCUUUGAUACCUGAGUGGAUGGAAGAAAGGUUUUUCAACUUUAGCGCCAACACGGAGGAAGAGCCUGCUGAAGAGGAUUACACUGAGGAGGAGGAGGAGGAGGAGGACGGCGUUGCGGCGAUGUAA